AUAAACCCAAACACCAUACGCAAUAGCCAUCACAACUCAAGAUACAGAGCUAGCUCACGUACCAUCCAAGUUGCUAGGCACGCUUGAACCCAGCCAUGGCAAGCCGAGCUCUCACUCCCUUCCAGCUCACCGCCACCCUAUUCGUGGCGCUCCUCGCCACGUGCCAUGCCGGCAGCAUCGCCGUGUACUGGGGCCAGAACGACGGCGAGGCGUCGCUGGCCGAGACGUGUGCGUCCGGGAACUACAAGUUCGUCAUCCUCGCUUUCCUCCCCAAGUUCGGCAAGGGCCAGACACCGGAGCUGAACCUUGCCAGCCACUGCGACCCUUCGUCGGGUGGCUGCAGAAGCCAAAGCAAGGACAUCAAAGCGUGCCAGCGACGCGGCGUGAAAGUCCUGCUCUCCAUCGGCGGUGGCGACGGGAGCUACGGCCUCUCGUCCCCCGGCGACGCGCGGCAGGUUGCCAUGUAUCUCUGGAACAACUACCUAGGCGGCGCGUCGUCAUCCGGCCCCCUUGGCGAUGUCGUGCUCGAUGGCAUCGACUUCGACAUCGAGCUCGGCAGCGCCAAGUUCUGGAACAACCUCGCCAGGGACCUCAAGGACUUGGGUAAAAACGGAGGCAAUACCGUGUUGCUGAGCGCGGCGCCGCAGUGCCCGUUCCCCGACGAGUGGGACGGCGGUGCGAUCAGCACGGGACUGUUUGACUUUGUUUGGGUGCAGUUCUACAACAACGAGGAAUGCCAGUUCAGUGCGGGGCGUAAGGCAUUCAUGGACGCAUGGAAGAAGUGGGAGUCGGUGCCGGCGGGGAAGAUCUUUCUGGGGCUGCCGGCCUCCAAGGACGCGGCGGGCACCGGGUUCAUCCCUGCCAGCGAGCUCACUUCGCGUGUGUUGCCACUCAUCAAAGGCUCUCCAAAGUACGGCGGUGUCAUGUUGUGGUCCAAGUUCUAUGACGACCGCACGGGCUACAGCUCCGCCAUCAAGAGCGACGUGUGAUUUUCGUUGCUAUAUGUUCGUCCCCGAUGAUGUUGUAUGUGGGUAUUUGUGUAUUAUAGGUUGUUUGGCCUGUUUAUGUUUGUAGUUGUAUAUCUUUUAUGUGUGUGUGUGUAUUCUCUGUGAUGACUCCGAAUUGUUACUCGGAGUGUAAGCCCGGUGUGUAUCACUAUUUCAGAACAAUAAACACACACAACAGUUUGUAAAA